AUGUUCUUGCCUGUCUUCUUGUUAGCCACCGUUGCCUCUGCAAUGGCUCCCUACACUAAUAGCACUAUUGCUUCUACUGAUGAUCAAAUGACUACUGCCGUUGUUUACGAAAAAGAUUUCACUACCGUCACUGACACCAUUACUUCCUGUUCUGGAUACUCUACCUGUGUGCCACUCAUCACCAUCCACACUACUGAAACUAUCACCUCUUACACUACCACUUGUCCUCUUUCUGCUUUGAGUACUUUAUCCACCACUCUUCCAGUUAUUGAGUCAAGCAGCUCUUCCAAACCACAAUCUACCACCACUCUCGAACCAGCUUUCAGCAGUGAAAGCUCAUCAUCGGUAGCAACUACUUCUACUGUCCCAAGUUCAUCAUCUGUGGAAACUACUUCUAAAACUGUUCCAGGCUCCCAAUUGACUACUACUGUUGUCACUGACACCUCUUUGACCACUACUGAAGUCACUAUCACCUCUUGUGCAGGUCACACUGCUUGUACUGAAUCUGUUACCUACAGCACCGUCGAAGUCACCACCGUGUAUACUACUACCUGUCCACUUUCUGAGCUCACCACUGUUACUCCAUCUUCCACUACCACCAUUCCAACCACUGCUCCAACCACCUCUAAAUCUUCUACCACUGUUACCCCAUCUACCACUACCACCAUUCCAACCACCUCUGAAUCUUCUACCACUUCCGAGUCUUCUUCCAUUGAAUCUUCUAUCGCUAAUUCUACUACCAUUGAAUCUUCUUCAAUUGAGUCCAUUACUACUCUCGAGGCUACUAGUGAAACCGUUGUUCCAUCUACUAGUUUGACCACCACUACCAGUUCAGCUUCAGGAACCACCGACAUUUUCUCCACUGCUUCUUACACCACUAGUUUUGUCACUACUUCUAGUGAUGUCACCGUUCUCAUCACUAUCACUAGCUGUUCCGAAGAUUCUUGCUCUACCGGUGUCACCAGUACCACCUCCCAAGUUGUUACCACCUACACCACUGUUUGUCCUUUGACUUCCACCACCGCCGUCUCUACCAUCACUUCUGCUCCAGUUGAAUCUUCUACUUCCUCUCUUCCAGAAUUGACUACUUCUAGCAAAGAAUCUUCUACCACUAAAGCCACUACUGUCAGCAAGACCUUGAGCAAGACUAGCAGUACUACUGUUGAAAACUCUUCUACCUCUAUCACUUCUUCUUUGUCUACCUCUCUCACUUCUUCUUUGUCUACCUCUGUCACUUCAGCUUCAUCUACUUCUGUCACUACCCCACUUAUCCAAACCGGUGCUGGUAACCAAAAGAACAUCGCUUAUGGCUCAUCUGUUUUCGGUCUUAUUGCCUUGUUCUUGCUCUAA